AUGGUAUGGUUCGAAGUGUCUAAAAAUGGCCUUAUAUCUCCAAUGAUAUUUCAACCUGGUAAAAUAUUAUUACAUAAGAAUUAUUUUGGUGUUGUUCUUCCACAUGCACAAGCUGAAGGACAACGUCUACUUGAUGGUGAUUCCAUCUACCUAUGGGAUGAAAAAAGAACAGGAAUUUGUUGUGUACCAAUCGAUAAUCUUAUUCGAAGCGUCGAAAAUUGGUCACACAGAAUAAUGCCCAUGUUGAAAAUAAAGCAUGCAUAUAAAGAAUAA